AUGGCGGCUCCAACACGACCCCCCCUCCUCGAGCUGCGCACCGACUCGCAGGCAUCGAUACCGCGCCCGAUGAAGUCGCCACGGCUACACGUGGCGGGCGAAAUCCCGCCAGAGCUGUCGCCCCUCGAUGCGUUCGCCCUGCAGAGCCGGCUGCUGGCCAAGAAGCUGGAGGAGAGCGCCAAAGCUGGAAAGAGGAUGAGCCGGCUGCCUCCGCUGACGACGGAGAGCCCACUUAUUGUACAGGGUAGGUCAGAAUAUUUUCGGUCCAUGUCGCAGGAGUCCGCAUCUGAGGCCGGGGAGCAGCACUCGGCUGGACCCGCGAUGAGACCAGAGGUGGAGGAGUCGCCCAUCCGACCACAGUCCAUGCACCCUCGAAUGAGCCACAUCCCCCCUACGCCAGACGCUUCGCUCCCACCCUUACCGACGCCCAACUCUUUUGAGCAGAUGAGAGGUCGGACCCUGGCCCCCCUGAGCGACAGGAGCAGCUAUUUUGGAGCACGACGGGAGCACUCGCCUUCGUCCCUUAGCAGCGUUAGCAUCGAUGCGAAGCUGGCUGAAGAUGAUGCGCAGUCGGUCAAGUCGGUACGGCAGGAGCUCCUUGACACGCCGUCAAUACCUUCAGGCCAGGCCCUUACCAGCCCAAGAAAUCGGAGAUCCCAGGAGUCGCUCGCCCCGCCGACAACCGUCUUUCCCAAGAGGACCUCCAGCAUCAUGUCACAGCCGGUGAACUCUGCGGCGGCUGCUGUAGAUGAUUCCCUCGGCUCGUCGUUUCACUCCUCGCAAGGGUCGCGAAAGAUGUCUACGAGCAGCGCGGGUGUCUUUUCGCCUCACCAGCAACGAUCUCCCUCCGUCAGCUCCAACAUUUCCGAACUGCCCCGUCCAGCUUUCAACUUCUCGAGGCCGAUGAGCCGAGCAGGAACGCCAGGUCCAGCAACCCCAGGACUGGAGGCACGAUUCGACCCACCAGUCCGACAACCAUCAUCGGACAGCCAUUCUUCUCUCUUUGCCGCCGACGAUGUUCACACGCCGAUCAGCAUGAACAGCGAGGGCUUUCCCGACCUGCUGGAGGAAGCUCGAGCAGGCGCCCCCGCCCCCUCUUAUAUAUACUCCAAGUAUUCUCUACCACGAGGCAAGAUGCUCUCGCGACACUCGAUAGAACGGGGCCAGCCAGGUGCAACGCUGAUCGGUCAGGCGCCACCAUCUCCUCCAACACGACCGUCGAGUUCUGGAGGACGACAGACAGAAGAGCCGGGAAGGCCCUCUGGUGAAUCGAGCUUAAGUGUGCCACGUCCGAGCACGCAGCCAUCGCCUGGCAGCAGCCAACCACCAGCGGGCGAAGACCGAGCCUCUGAGGACGCCACGAGGGGCCGCAGCAGCCAAGAACGGCCUGCGACGGCGACUACGAGCGAUGCUAGUACUAUUAAGGCCCGAUCUCAGCACUCUACGGCUGCUACCAUGGCUGAGAUGUCCGCGGAUGAACACGUGGACAAAGCUGUAGCUCUGCACGAGGACGGCAAGUUUAACGAAUCAACAUACCACCUGCGCUAUGCUGCCAAGCAAGGCCACCCUACCGGCAUGCUGCUGUACGCACUCGCCUGUCGACACGGUUGGGGUAUGCGGCCCAACCAAGAAGAGGGUGUGCGGUGGCUGCGCAUGGCCGCCGACUCUGCGGGUACCGAGAUCGCGGAGGAUGAGGACAAGGCCAAGCAGGGGCAACAUGUCGACAAGCCUGAGCAAAAGAAGCGAAAGGCCCAGUUGGCCUUGAGCAUCUAUGAGCUGGGCGCGAGCUACAUGAAUGGGUGGGGAAUUGAGCAAGACAAACCACUUGCUCUGCGGUGCUAUGAGAUCGCCGGAAGCUGGGGCGAUGUGGACGCGCUCGCUGAGGCUGGGUUCUGCUACGCCAAGGGCGUUGGCUGUAAGAAGAAUCUCAAGAAGUCGGCCAAACUGUACCGAAUGGCUGAGGCCAAGGGAAUGAACAUGAUCGGUCAAAGCUGGAUCCACAAGGCAAAAUACGACGACAGUGACGACGAUGACAAGAAGAGCACUAAGAGCUCCAAGUCCGUACGGUCUAAGUCGAAAUCUCGGCAUUUCCUGGGACUGAACAAGACCCGAUCCAACACCGCCGCCAGUUCAUAA